UCUUUGUUUAGGAAUAGGUUUUUCAUGUUUAGCUAGCACAAAAGGGGAGCAAUCGAAAUCCCGAAUGUGUCGCAGGUGGGGUAUAUACAUACCCGCAAGAACAUAUACACAUUGUAUAUAUACCCAGCUAAUUUAAGACACGGUGCGCGACUUCGCGGCUUGACCCCUUUUGCUUUUGCUCCGUUGCAGAUGAGCUAGGUAGAAGGGAAAAACGCAACAGAGCCGAGCCAAAGCAAGUUUAAGGGUAUACACAAACCAACACGACUGUAUAUAUAUUCUUUAGAGCAAUAUAUACACAUUGAUAUAUAUACUCAGCAGAAGAACAUAUACAUAUACACACUGUAUACCUACAGCCAGGUGGGAAACAGAGAGGUGUGCAGGCAGGAUGAUCGUGCGGACGUACCAGCGGCGGAGCCGAAAUGCAGCGAGGACAACAUUUUCAGACUGCGAGGAGGAGAGCAGUUCGCAAGAGUAUUUGGGGUUUUCCUCUUUGGGUCCCUCUUCGCAGGAUUCAUCCUCAUGGCAUUAUAGCAAUAAUAGCAAUCAGGAGGCUAAGCAGAAAGCGAAGCCCCCCAGUGGGCUUUGCCCGCCUACGUCAACAUUGAUGGAGGCUCAAGAGUCAGGGGAGAUGAUGGAGCACGUCGACGAAGCCAAUUUUGCCUUGGACGGCCUCAAGCCUGGACAACCUCUCAGGAUUCAGCGCGCUAGCCUUGUCUCUCUGCUUUCAAUUUGCACUUCCGCGCAGCAGCGCCGCCUGCUCAGAACACAAGGGAUGGCGAAGACAGUGCUUGAUGCUAUUGUAGCUCUUUCCACUGAUGACCCACCUACUGCUCUAGCUGCAGCAGCAUUAUUUUAUGCCCUUGCAAGUGAUGGACAAGAUGAACAACUGCUAGAUUCAGCUGUUUGCAUUAAAUUUCUGUUGAAAUUACUAGUUUCAUCUAUUCCUGAAUCAAGUGAGAAAAAGGCAUCUCUUGGUAGAAAGCUUCUGGGAGUGACAACAAAUUCUAGCAUGUUGAAAGCUCCUGUUGCAGGAGUUGAUCGUGGUGGUGUUGCAAUCACAAUGAAGGUUCAGAAGCUGCUUUCAAGCAUGAAGGAAAUACAUGUGGGAAAUGGUGAACAAGAUGAAGAUAGAGAUUGCUUUGAAUUUCAGGAGUUAAAUUCAAAGUGGCUUGCUUUAUUAACAUUGGAGAGGGCCUGCCUAUCUACUGUUGCGCUAGAAGACACCUCUGGUUCAGUUAGAAGAGUUGGGGGAAACUUCAAAGAAAGGUUGCGGGAGUUGGGUGGACUUGAUGCUGUUUGUGAUGUUGCUAUCAAUUGUUUCAGUUUUUUAAAAGAGGUUCUGGAGGAGCACUUUUUGGAUGCUGCCCUGAAAUCAGCUAAAAUGUCCAAAAUGAUUGAAAGUGUAAGAGUGUUGUUGAAAUGCAUGAAGGUGAUGGAAAAUGCAACUUUCUUAAGUGAGCAGAAUCAGAAGCAUUUGUUGGAGACAAACUUAAAGCUAAAAAGUAAAGGAUUAGAACUCUCUUUCAUCAACCUUGUGAUUAGUUGCAUCAAGACGUUGUCUGAACUGCUUGUGAAGCACAAAUCACAAAGUUCAGUUUAUGGGAGACACAGAAAUUCCACUGUGCCUGAGAAUGAUGCACAUGUUAGUCACAGUUCAAAAUGCCAUACAAAAACAACGAAAGAGUCUCAGAUAUCUUCCACUGUCACAGCUGUAGAUGAAGACCUGAAAGAAAGCAAAAAAGUUCCUUCUUCUUCAGCUCCUAAUGGCAGGCGAGGGAAUCGUAGAACAGGGAAGAUUUCUAGUCUUCAGGAUAACAUUGUGAACUCCAUAAAUACUGAGAAGACACUUUCUACUUCAUUAUCAUCUUGCAAUGUACAAGCUACAAGUGCAUGGCAAUCUGUUAAGUCGGUAGAUCAGAGAAGUGACUGCUCUGAAGACUUAGCAGAUCCAUUUAUGUUCACUGAUGAAGAGACAGCACCUAUGAAAGUGAAACAGAUUAACAGGCAAAAAAAAUUAAAGGGGCUUCAAAGUUCAGAUACCAAAGUGAAUGCCAAAUCAAAUGGUGAGGCUGGUACUCACUGUUGUGAUGGCAAUUUGGACUUGGACAUUGUCAAAGAUUCAGCUACUAUGAAAGGGAAACAGUUUAACAGACAAAAAAAAUUGAAGGGGUUUCAGACUUCAGAUACCAGAGUGAAUGCCAAGUUGGAUGGUGAAGAUGAUUCUCAAUGUUGUGAUAAUGCUGUAGAUUUGGAUAUUGUAAAAGAGCAAUGUGGUGACGAGAUUCAUGCUACAGGGAAGCAAGAGUCAGAAGAAUGUGCUUUACUUGGUGAUUGCCUUCUUGCAGCUGUCAAGGUCAUCAUGAACCUGACAAAUGACAACCCUAUGGGAUGUAACCAAGUUGCAAGUUGUGCUGGACUUGAUACAAUGGCUUCAUUGAUUGUUGAUCACUAUCCUCUUUUUCAAUCUCGUCUCUUUAUUUCUAGUGAGCAGAAAGCGAAAAAAUCAGGCUCCAAACCAAUGGAGAAUGGGUCCAGUAGUUUUAGUCAGAAUGAGGAAGCACUCAGUGACCAAGAUUUGGAUUUGCUUGUUGUCAUACUGGGGGUGCUUGUUAAUCUUGUUGAGAAGGAUACUGAAAACAGGGCACGCCUUGCUGCAUCGAGUGUUAUUUUGCCUCGAAGCACCGUUGGAGAUUUUGAGGUUAGGGAAUGUCGCAGGGCUGUAAUUCCAUUGCUGUGCUCAAUUUUUUUGACCAAACAAGGAGCUGGCGAGGCAGCUGAAGGUGGAGGAAGUUUGGCAAUGGAGUCAACCGAUGAAGUUGCUAUAAAGCAAGGCCAACGUGAAGCAGAAAAUAUGAUAGUGGAAGCAUAUGCAGCUCUCCUCCUUGGUUUCUUGUCAAAAGAGAGCAAAAAUGCACGACAUGCUAUAGCUCUUUGCCUACCUGGUCGUAAUUUGAAGGUUCUUGUUCCUGUGUUGGAGAGAUUUGUGGCGUUUCAUCUGUCACUGAAUAUGAUUUCAUCAGAAACCCAUGCCAGUGUCACGGAAGUUAUUGAGUCUUGUAAGAAGUCAAUCUAAGAGUGCAGUGCAUGUGUGGGGGUUGUGUAAUAUAUUUCUAUUUGACCUUCCUUACCUCGUCAGGUGUUAGUUCAAACGCUCCAUUUUUAAGCAAAUUUUCAUAUUUGUAACAGUGAGCAAUUUAGUUUAUUUGGUAUGUUCGUAGAUUGUAAAAUAUGUAAACACCAUACUUAUUGUGAACAUCUGAUUAUAUUCGAGGACGAUACUGCAGACUGUUCUCUAGAAAUUGUUAUUUUAUCACUUCGGCAACCUAACAAUUUGAUAUUAUUGGUGAAAUACCUCAAAAUGCUCAGUAGUGUGCAAUUUUGUUGGGCUCCAACAGGUCAUCAGAGGAAACCGUGCUCUAUGCCUUGCCCCUUUCUACUGACAAUUUGUGGCCCCGGAUGCAGCAUCUCUGUUAUUUCAUUUGUAUUAUUUUCAGCAUGGAAAUCUAUUAACGAAAGUUCCAUUAUAAUUUUUGUUUUUUGUAGCAACAGAUUUUGUUGGAGCUGAAAACAAAUUUUGUUGGACUGAGUCAGAGGAGGUAAACAGAAGUUGCCAAUUUAGGAGUGCAUUUCAAUAUUUGAUGACAGAAUCAGGCCUCUUCUUGAGACCUUUGCUUAAUAAGAGCCAGUAAGAACAUGAUGGAUACAAAACAAGGUUCAGGAUAAUAGACUAUAACAUAUGUGCAAGUUAGUGCUUCCUUUUACAUAGACAACUAAAUUUCACGUUGUGAAGAUCCUAAUAUGGGAGGGCACAGAGUAUUGCAUUUCAAUUAAGUAUUUAAAAGAGGAAAAAUUGUAAAGCAUCAACCCAAGCUCUUCAGUUGAGUGAAUACUAUUCAAUAAAGUUAUCUUUGUUGACUUGAAUAUAUGCUUUGUUCAGAUUAAGAUUUAAUCGUGACAUUCACAAAAUCAUGGCUGAGCAUUAGAUGUGUGUAUUUGAAAGCACACAGUUUGAUUGUAGAACUUUAUUUUAGUUGCUCAACAAACAUGCUAUUUGCAUUUGUAAAUGAAUAGAUAUGCCGUUCAAUUUCUUGCUUCAA